UCACCGAUCCACUUAAAGAGCUGAAGAUGUUGGAUUGGUCAUGUGAUCAGCUGAUCACAUAGGGGACAUGUACACUGAUCAUCAGGGCACUGAUGAUCAGUGUGCCCUUAUGAUCAGUGUGGCCCCAGAAGUGCCACCUGUCAGUGUUGAACAGUGCCACGUGCCAGUGCCCAUCAGUGCCACAUCAACGCCAUAUAUCAGUGCCUACCAGUGCACAUCAAUGCCACAUAUCAGUGCCCAUCUGAGCUGCCCUUCUGUGUCACCCAUCAGUGCCAGUCAGUGCCACCUAUCAGUGCCAGUCAGUGCCGCCUAUCAGUGAGCAUCAGUG